AUGCAUUUCAUUGCGGGAGUGCUGCUAGCUGUGAUGGAGGCAGAGGAUGCAUUUUGGUGUCUAUGCUCCAUCAUCGAGAAGAUGCUUCCAGCCGAGUUCUACAGCUGUGGAGACCAUGACUACAGCUUUGGAGUGGAACUGGAGCUAUUUCAGGAGCUUUUGAACUGCAGCUGUCCACAACUUGCUGCGCACUUGGCCGACUUGCAAGUUGGAAUGGAGCUUGUUUUAGUGAGCUGGUUCAAGAGCUUCUUUAUGUGCCUUGAGGCGCCGCACGACUUGAAACUUCGAUUAAUGGACUCCAUCUUUCUUCAAGGCAUGGAUGGCUUGCACAACGUGUCCUUAUUGCUCUUAAAGGCUGAGAAGUCGCGAUUUCUGCAAUGUGGUUCCUUCGAAGAGGCCAUUCAGCUUUUAGCUGUGCUGCCCAUCGACUACAGCGGCUGCGAUUUCUUCGAGCCAGCACUGCCUCAACGUGAGCGACUGGCCGGGCGACGUGAGGAAUUGCUGGCCGCAAGAGGUGCGGUGCCGCCUCGUUUCCCCGUGCGGAGCUAUGAAAUUCCUUGGAGCCUCACGGAUCAUCCACGGCUCCCUGGCAGAACGCCGGAG